GUGUGGUGGCUUUGCUCUUUUCUGUGCGCGACAGUAGCCUAGGAUACAUCCAACUAAAUUGAAGGUUUUGCAGAAAGAACAUGGAGACGAAAGUCGAGGCGAGACAAAGACUGAGGGAAGAUGGUAGGGGGUACGGUUGGAAUGAGGAAGGGUGUGGCCUCUUACUGUAAUUUGCAUAAAACGGAACCCAUCUCGGCAACACCCAACUUCUCCCCUUUAUUGGUAGUCCCUAGGGUGGUGCCUGGCCUCUCCAAGGAGAGGAGCAUGCCGGGAAUUGUAGUUCCGGGUUCGGUUGCUAUGGCGUUCGUCACAGCCUCCCCCAGAUCCGUCGUCCUGCGCUAUGACGGGCAUUCUGGCCAAUGGCAGUACUGUUUGGGCCCGGGAAGGCGGGCUCUCUGCAGAAGGACUGGGAAGGUGGCGGCGGCGGCGGCGGCGGAGGCGCUGGCGGUUGAGGGUGCUCGGAGGCAGGUAACUAUGAAGGGCUUGUAUUUUCAACCGAGUUCCACAAAUGAAGAAAUAACAUUUCUAUUUCAAGAAAGGGAUACUCUCCCUGUUACAGACGAUAACUUUGUGAAACUCCAAGUUAAAGCUUGUGCUCUGAGCCCCAUAAACACAAAGCUUCUGGCAGAAAUGAAGAUGGAAAAAGAUCUUUUCCCUGUUGGAAGAGAAGUUGCUGGAAUUGUAUUAGAUGUUGGCAGUAAGGUAUCAUUCUUUCAACCAGAUGAUGAAGUAGUCGGAAUCUUGCCCCUGGAUUCAGAAGCCCCUGGACUCUGUGAAGUCACUCAAGUACAUGAACAUUACCUGGUUCAUAAACCAGAAAAGGUUUCGUGGACAGAAGCUGCCGGAGCCAUUCGGGAUGGCGUCCGAGCCUGCACAGCUCUGUAUUACCUUUCUCAUCUCUCUCCUGGAAAGUCCGUGCUGAUCAUGGAUGGAGCAAGUGCGUUUGGGACAAUAGCCAUUCAGCUAGCACACCAUAGAGGAGCCAAGGUGAUUUCCACAGCAUGCAGCCUGGAAGACAAGCAACAUCUGGAGAGGAUUAGGCCUUCUAUAGCCCGUGUGAUUGACGUGUCUAAUGGGAAAGUCCAUGUUGCUGAAAGCUGUUUGGAGGAAACAGGUGGCCUGGGAGUAGAUAUUGUCAUAGAUGCAGGAGUGAGAUUAUAUAGUAAAGAUGAUGAACCAGCUGUAAAAUUACAACUACCACAUAAGCAUGACAUCAUCACACUUCUUGGUGUUGGAGGCCAUUGGGUAACAACAGAAGAAAACCUUCAGUUGGACCCUCCAGAUAGCCACUGCCUUUUCCUCAAGGGAGCAACGGUGGCUUUCCUUAAUGAUGAAGUCUGGAACUUGUCAAAUGCACAACAGGGAAAAUAUCUUUUUACGCAUCUUAAAAGACGUGAUGGAUAAGUUAUCGGCUGGUAUUUUCAGACCGCUACUUGAUGAGCCCAUUCCACUCUAUGAGGCAAAAGCUUCCAUGGAAAUUGUUCAGAAAAAUCAAGAAAGAAAAAAGCAAGUUGUUCAAUUUUAAUUUUCUUUCCCAGACCUCAGUUGGAUGUACCCAUACAAGUAUAUGAAGCCAGUUUUCUUUGGAAAUUGUUGAGACAAAUCAAGGAAGAUCAAACAAGUUUUUCUAUUUUUAAGCCUGUUUUCCUGCCAUAAUAAGAUGCUUGUUUAUUCGACAUAUUUGAAAAAUACUUGCAAAAUUAAUGGCAAAAAAAUCCUGAUUUUUUUUUUAGCCUCUGAAGGGGAUAUUCCAAAAACCUUUUUUUGUUAUUGCAUCUAUACAUUUGCCUCUGCUAUAAAAUUCUUUCCAUAAAGAAAACUGCUUUCAGCAAAAGCCACACUAUUCUCUCAAUACAUCCGUCACAGGCUUUUGCUAUAUCAUGAAAACGUUAUUUGAUUUUGUAUCAACUCCAUUCUCAACACCUUCCUUAACAAGC